AGUUCAUGAAGGUGGCCUUGUGACGUCACCGCCGCCCUUUCAGCCUAAAUGGCGAUUGCAACAGAUCCGCAGAACUCGAGAGCGGAGAGCAGUCAAACCUCGUCUAGGUUUGAUUAAAUAUAUAACGAAACCAAUGCGACGAAUACGGACUGUUAUUCCCAAGUAAAAUGGAGGAUAGCUUUGAUUGCGACUGUGGCGAGCUUGAGCCACCUGAUCAUUGAGAGCGAAACAUUACUUUGAAGACAUUAAGGUCAAGACUAAUUUCAGUUUCAUAGAUCAGGUGACAGGAAAAUUACAAGAGACAGAUACAUAAAUAAAUCUGAAAACAGUGCAAUUAAGCACAUAUCAUAUAAAGCUGCUCAGGACCAGUCAUACACUGAAUGUAUCUGCACUGUAAACAUGCAACUAAAUGCUUUUAUAGUUUAACAUAGUCUGUGUUUUUUAAUUGGCCCCAUUCCAGUCCAUUCCAUUGCAGUCUAUAAACACUAGUCAAUUAGGAACUGUUCAGUUAAAGAUAUCCACUCAUCGGAGGAGGAAUUAAAUUAUUAUUUUUGUGGCUUAUUCAAGAUGGAAAGAAAGUUUACCCACACAUUAGUGCCCCACAUCUGACAGUGACGGCCAGAUAGGGGGGACUCGGUAGUCGUCUGUACAGGGGUCAGUUAGCUCAGCCUCUAAAGUGGUGGGGGAAUUGUCAGAUAAACUCCUGUUGGUGUUCAAGUUGGACUUGACACCGGUCAGAGACCAAAGCUUAUAGAUAGCAGAAGCUUGGCGCAAACGCCAAAAAUAGACAUCAUGGCAGAGAAGUUUGAGUCACUGAUGAACAUCCAUGGCUUUGAUCUGGGUUCGCGCUACAUGGACUUGAAGCCUCUGGGCUACGGAGGGAACGGCCUGGUGUUCUCAGCAGUUGACACUGACUGUGAUAAGCGUGUAGCCGUGAAGAAAAUUAUCUUGACCGACCCCCAGAGUGUGAAGCAUGCCUUGCGGGAAAUCAAGAUUAUCAGACGCCUCGACCACGACAACAUUGUCAAGGUGUUUGAGACAUUGGGCCCCAGCGGUCGCAGGCUAACUGAGGACGUGGUGUCCCUGACAGAGCUCAACUCUGUCUACAUUGUGCAGGAGUACAUGGAGACAGACCUGUGUCAGCUGCUAGAGAGGGGGCUUCUGUCUGAGGGCCACGCUAGGCUCUUCAUGUACCAGCUCCUCAGGGGCCUCAAGUACAUUCACUCUGCCAAUGUGCUGCACCGCGACCUCAAGCCUGCCAACCUCUUUGUCAACACAGAGGACUUGGUACUGAAGAUCGGGGACUUUGGGCUGGCCCGCAUCAUGGACCCUCACUACUCUCACAAGGGCCAUCUCUCUGAAGGUCUGGUCACCAAGUGGUACAGGUCUCCCCGCCUGCUGCUCUCUCCUAACAACUACACCAAAGCUAUCGACAUGUGGGCAGCUGGAUGCAUCUUUGCUGAGAUGCUCACAGGGAAAACCCUCUUUGCAGGGGCCCAUGAGUUGGAACAGAUGCAGCUGAUCCUGGAGUCCAUCCCUGUACUGCGGGAGGAAGACCGACAGGAGCUCCACAGCGUCAUCCCAGUCUUCAUCCGUAACGACAUGUCCUGUCCUCACACACCACUAGCCAAGUUGCUGCCUGAUGUCAGUGCCCAGGCCCUGGAUUUCCUGGAGAAGAUCCUUACCUUCAACCCCAUGGAUCGCCUGACAGCAGAGGAGGCCCUAGCCCACCCCUAUAUGGCUGACUACUCCUUCCCCCUAGAUGAGCCUAUUUCUCUGCACCCCUUCCACAUUGAGGAUGAAGUAGAUGAUAUCCUGCUCAUGGACCAGAGCCACAGCCACAACUGGGACAGGUAUCAUGAGAGCCAGCUGUCAGAGGCUGACUGGCACUUGCACAGCACCCACGACCCAGACGAAGUUCAGGUGGACCCAAGGGCACUCUCUGACGUAACGGACGAGGAGGAAGUCCAGGUGGAUCCUCGUAAAUAUGCUGAUGGAGAUCGGGAGAAGUUCCUCGAUGAGCCAUCCUUCGACUACUCCACUCUGUUCCUGCCUGAGCGAUCCUGGCAGGACGAUGACGAUGAUGGGCACCACGAGAACAAAUACUGUGACUUACAGUGUAGCCACACCUGUAACUACAAGGCUGUGUCGCCCUCCUACCUGGACAACCUCAUAUGGAGAGACAGUGAAGUCAACCACUACUACGAACCCAAGCUCAUCAUCGACCUCUCCAACUGGAAGGAGCAGCAGAGCAAGGAGAAGGCUGAUCGCAAGGCCAAGAGCAAGUGCGAGAAGAACGGGCUGGUGAAGGCCCAGAUUGCGCUGAAGGAGGCAGAGAAGACCCAGAGUCCGGUGGAGAAGGACAGAGAGCAGGAGAAACACCAGACAGAGAAGCCUCAAGGCCAGCAGAACCAAGGCUUUGACUUUGACUCCUUCAUCGCCAGCACCAUAAAACUGAGCCUGCAGCCAGAGCCCUGUCAGGAGGUGGCCCUGCUCAACGAGGUGGGCCUCCUUAAUGAGCUCAACUCUUCCGUCUCUCAGCUGGAGGCUCCCCGCUCAGGCUCCAUGUCAAAGUCCAUCAGUCAGGAGAAGGAGGAGAAGUGCCUGGUAAACCUUGCCCAGUUAGGCGGAGGAGGGUCGGGAGUCGUCUGCGGGGACGUUGUCCGGCCCGCUCAGCCCUGGGAGAGCUUCGGCUCCGGGGAGAGAGUCGGGGAGAACGGCUGUUUGAUAGAUGAAGCAUGCUGGGACAUUCGCAAAGAGGACCACUUCCAGAAGGAGAGCUCGUACACCAGCUACCUGGACCGUCUGUUCAGCCGGAAGGAAGAGGGGGUCGGAGAGACUGUGGCCUGCUCGGAGCCGCAGCCCUCCGAGGUGAGAGAGUUGGACGAGAGCUUCCUCGGCAGGAACACAGAAAUUGUGUUUAAUAUGCAGCUGGACUCUCUGGCCCUGCCCGGCUUUGACAGCACUGAUGACUUGCCUCUAAAAUCCAUCCAGGCGUCCCUCACUCCCUGCGCUGUCAAAUGCUCCCCACAAAUUGCCCACAAAACAUACAGCAGCAUCUUCAAACAUCUUAAUUAAAGAAAUAUAUAUCCUCCCUCACAAUCUUUGCAGUUUUGUUUUUAUGUUUUUAAAAAAAAAAAUAAUAUGGUAUAUUAUUGUACUUGAAUCAUUUCAUACCUUUUUUUUUUUUUUUAUUAUGGUUACUUUUAAUUAUUAUAUUUUGUUGUUUUAAGAGUUGAGAGGAGUGAGUUAUUAUAUUUAAAGAGUUGUGGUCAUCACUCUGAGCCUUGAUCGCCAGGCCUUCAUGGGUUAAUGUCUACGCCCUCAUUGCUAAACAUGGCAUGUCACUUGCAAACUGAAGUACUGUAGAUGAACAGAAAGGAGAGAAAUGGCUGGAAGAAAGAUGGGUGGGUGGCAGGAGAAGAAUUCUGAUUAAGGAGAUGAGGUUUGGGUGUGACAUAAGGAAGGAUGGUCGACGCUAACAUUGCUGUAGGCAUUAAAAGUGCUUUCAAACACCCCUUCCUGGGAUGGGAUACAACAGGGGGGUUGUCCUUUUUUUUAACUUUUUGUUUAUGACUGAUAUUUUCCCCCCGGUGAAAGCUUCCUUAAUAACCCUUUCAUACUGUAAAUCUGACACAUGAUGCCAGCAGCAACCAUUAUCGUAGGCGUUAAUGUAAAUGUGUUAUCUACCUCAAGGUAACAGCCGCGAGAGACACUCGAAGCCGCACUAGUGCUUUACACACAUGACCAUCCUCAUACCAUGAAAUGAAGUGGUCGUGUAGAUGAAAUCUGUCUCACUUUAGCAUUUAACAUAGUGAGUUGUUUCAGUAAUCAUUAUUUAUUUCUAACAGAUGUGCGAUAUUUAUUUUAUCAAAAUGGUGUUAUUUCAAUGUGAUUAUUGAAGAUUUAGGAGUUGGACAGACUUCCAGUUUCAUUUCGGCACUAUAUGGGCGUGUAAGUGUCCUUUUUGUUUUACAGUAGGAUGCAAAUUCAUCUGUUAUGUUCUGAAACAAGUUGAGGCUUUCCAUUUUCCACCAAUAUUGUUGAAAUGGAUAUUCUUUUUGUUCAUUUUGUUUUUUAUUUAUAGGUGCAUUCUGUCUUUAGUAGGAAAAACUGCUUAAUGGUUUAAAGAAGCGCCUAAAAGUCUUAAUUUUUAUUUUUUUUAUCUAAAUGUAAUGUAAAAAAAUUGCGUGCAUGGAGGCAGGAAAGGUACAUUCAAAAGUAAAGUUAAUGGUGAGUAUAAUGUAUGUCAGUUUUAAUUGUACUUUUUGUUAAAUUUCUAUGUACUUUUUCCAGGCAAGCAUGAUGGAUUAGGUUAAGGUGUAGCAUGUAGAACAUGUAUGGACUUUUUUUGUAAUCAUUGGUUCCCCUGUUCUACAAAAUAUCUCAAAAUAAAUUUACUGGCAAAGA